CAUGGCGUCAGGUCAAAUAAACAGGCUUGCGUGCCUGUUCAGUCGAGUAUACCCCAGGUCCAAUUUAAGACAUCUCAGAGAUGGGUGCUUGGUUUCUGCUAGUUACAAGUCAACGUUAAGAGGACCAGCUAUUGAUCAAAACUGCAACGUGGAGAUUGGUGUGACGUCAGAUGGAAAAACUGUGGUGUGUUAUCACCCAACAGUGGAUGUGCCAUAUGAGCUGACUCAGCCCAUUCCAAGGCCAGACCCGGUCAGUGGAGAGCCAGAGAGUCAUGAGCAGAUUCUGAAGGCUCAUCUCAGUAAGGACGUGUUGAAAGACAAACAGGCUCCUACCAUUGAAGAGCUCAGUAAGAUGUUCUACACCACAAAACACCGCUGGUACCCUGUUGGGCAGUACCACACAAGGCGCAGAAAGAGAGAUCCUCCGAAAGACAGAUAGCUUUCUCCUGGCCUUUAUAUUUAGUUGACCCUUGUAAUACAGUUGUAAAUUGUGUUGUGUCAUUUUGUGCUUCAAAAUAAAAUAAUUAUUCCAA